GCACAUAUUCACCUACGUAAUAUUUACUAAUAAGAGUUAUAAACGAUGGAUCGUGAAAAGGACCUUAGAAAGCUUUAGUAAUAUUCAAUGUUCACCUGGCAUGGUUCCGAUAGGUACAUGGUACAAGAUAUCAAGCAGACCAAGUAGAAUAAUAUGAUAGCUCCAGCCACAACCUUGUACGUACAUACCUAGCAGUUAGCGUGCGGCUUGAUCGCGGCGCAAAGGCCACUAAAGCUGCUAGGGCGACUUGAACACCCCUGACGCAGCGGAUUGAUUUGAUUUAUUUGAUUACUGAACAUCGACGGUCGGUACCCGAAUAGUCUCAUCAAUCAAAUCAACCAAAUUCACCAAAUCAAGUUUCCGAAACUAUUCAGAAUUGACCAUUGGAAUCCCGACAUCCAGGAAUCGCACAUCACAUCCGAGCUAGUACAAUUGCAGCCUCACGGAACCCCCAUCUGCACUCUGGGAGCUUAGGAACAGCCCCUGAAUGCCCUGGAAUACCAGAAGACCCAGCUGCCCAGGUGGUUUGUCCGUCGCAACUUCGCAUUAUCACUAGUGAUCCUUGUACCCGAUUUCUCGUCAUACUACGGAGUACUCUCCCUACUUUUGCCCCGCCAUUAAGACCGAGCCUGUCAACUUAAACGGGGCUUUUAGGGGGCUGAAAAGUAAUUAUGCAAGACACACACACUCAAGAUGCCAUCCGCGAUCAGCAGUGAUGAGUGGGAUCUCCCGCGCUUGAAAGCCUCAAUCGUCUUCGAGGACGAUUACCAAAACUUAGCAUCCGAUGAUCAAGAUACCGAAUUUUUUGAUGUGAAAUUCUAUCCCUACUCGGACGUCACACACGAUCCAAUCUUUGCCGCAGUGAGCAAGAAACAUGUUGUCAUAUACCGCCUUUCCAAUCAAGCAAACCCCCCUUUCGAACUUGUCCAGCUUUUUAGGGAUGACGACAAAGAUGCCUUGAAUUGCAGUUGUACUUGGACUAAAGAUCCCGAGACCGAAGUCCCCUAUCUAUGCGUGGCCGGUAGGGACGCUAAAAUCAAGGUAUAUGAUGUUGUUCAGGGGAAGUUAGUAAAGGUCCUUGUGGGUCAUGGAGGAGAAAUCAAUGACCUUGCCACGUGCCCAACCAACUUCCUUUUGAUCGCAUCUGCAUCAGAAGAUACUACUGUUCGAAUAUGGAGCCUCGAUCCGGCACACUCUCAGCAACCAUGCGUUUGCCUCCUUGCCGGAGAAGGUCAUUCGUCGGGGUUAUUAACUGUCGCAUUUCAUAAUGGUGGGCGAUACAUUCUAUCGGCCGGCCACGACAAUGUUAUCUGCUUGUGGACACUCCCAGACCUACCACCUCAAUCCAAUGGCAAAGUCCCCUCGAAACCUAUCGUAAUCCAUUAUCCUCAUUUCUUUACAUCAGAGGUGCAUAGUGGUAUAGUAGAUUGUGUGGCUUUCUUUGGCGACCUCGUUCUGUCGCGGGCUUGUCAUGAAGAUAUAAUAGUUCUGUGGCGAAUUGAAGGAUUCUCAUCCCGCGACCCUCCACCCGAGAUCUCGGAGGCACCUACUACGAGUGAUACAGAACGUUUAACCCGGUCUGCAUUUGCCCCUGCGACAGCGUCAGCAUGCCCGCCUCAAUAUACUCGUCUAUUGGAAUUCUGGACGCCGCAUUGUGGCCACCAGUUCUAUCUUCGUUUUAAGCUGUUUCAUGACAAGGAUAAACACCCAGUGCUAGCAUUCGGUAACGCGAAGGCCACGAUCUUCUUCUGGGAUCUCGCACGCCUAGGAGGUUAUCACCAGUUCAUCAGCGAAGUUCGGGAUCCCGACCGCGACAAGACCCAGCCAGUUCACCGUCCAGGUUGGCUUGCUCCGAUCCAGCAUAGACAUAAGGGUGAUGCUGUCAGCAAGCUCAAGGAUGCCGCUAGCGAUAGGGAAUCAGUCGUAUCGGGGCGCACCGGCAGCGUCGACCUCGAAACGCAAUUGGAUCUUAAUACAAACUAUUCUCAGGAGACGUUAGAAUCCUGGGAGCUGAAAUAUGACAUGACACACGUGGAUGAACCCAUACGAUCACAUUCGCAAAGCGGUAUUUCCGCCAAGGAUUUUGUCGCGCGGCAAGUAGCUUGGAGCGCCAGCGGCGAAUGGUGCGUUGUAGUAGGCAGCAAGAAUCUCGCUGGCAUCUUGCAGCGGUGGCAUAAGAAGGACCGCGCAGAUGAUAAAGAGAAAAAGCCGACCAAGUCUACCAGAAUUGAAGGGAGCUGCGAUUCUAAUGAGUCCUAAGACGUUGUAGACAUGCUUCUAAACCUUACCUACUCGAUGGGUAGGUAGCUAUUACUUCACAUAAGCUAGUACGAUGUAUACUAGUAUAAUAUUAGGCGACGGAUUUUAACCAAAUAAGCAUUCAAAAUCCACCUUCUAGAUCAUCAUG